CGCCGCCCGCUCCUAUGGGGUCUUUUGCAAGGGGCUGACCCGCACGCUGCUCAUCUUCUUCGACCUGGCCUGGCGGCUGCGCAUCAACUUCCCCUACCUCUACAUCGUGGCUUCCAUGAUGCUCAACGUCCGCCUGCAGGUUCAUAUUGAGAUCCAUUGAAGGCCUUCUGCUGACUGACAAAGGCAGGUCAUCAGGCUACCACACCAGAAAACACGCAGCAUGAGGGACAGAGUGGGGGCUCUGGGCACCUGCCCCGGGAAGGUGAAGGGGGCAGGAGGGGACUCAGACAAGUUGCCGUGUGGACUUGAAGGAGCACAGGGGGAGAGCCCUUGCCCGUCCUCCCAGAUGCACAUGCCUGUGGAUGACGUAGAUGGAACUUCACAAAAUGAGGAGUUGUCAACAGAAGUGAAAAAUGCUCUGAGUGAGGUCAGCCUCUCGCUUCACAGUGGCAACAAAGCUCUUCCGUGUUUGAAAGAAUCAUUAAGAAGAAGUUCAGCUCCCGCGGCGGCCCAGAGCAAGACUGUGGAUCUGUCCUGUGCUCCUGCGGGAGAGCAUUGUGCUGGGGUGUCGUGUUGGGGUGGGGGAGCUCUGGCGAGGGGCUGGCCGGGAGGAGGGCCCAGGGCCAGCGACAGCCACAGAGGAUGGUGCCACAAAGGAGAGCCUUGGGGGCCAGGACUACCGUGCCUUCAGAAACGGUCAGAAGUGGGGAUUUCUGAGGAGGACCUGCCAAGUGCUCUUCUAGAGGGGCGAGGCUCCGAGUCGGAACUGUCUUGCCUGCAUCUCGUCCGGUCGACACUGCUGAGCGCACGCCCCGAAGUACUCCUGACUGAUGAGACAGAAUGUGUUUUCCUUGGCUGUUCAAAGCCCGCGUUUUCAGAGCAAACAGAAUACAAGAAGACGCUCUCACGUGUACGAAGUCCCUCAGCCGAUCUGCAGACAACACGAGGGUUGCUGGCUCUACCAGCUUUGGAGGUAGCGAAUCCGUUUGGCCGUAGUUAAGGUGCGAGCACAACAAUAAAAGUAGUGAGAUUAAUUUUAAAAGCUGUCUUAGAAUGAUUUCUUCGACACUGGUCUGGAUGCCUGUUACGGGGCAGUGAGGUUCCUGCCUCAGUUGGUGUGAGCAAAGGAAGUGGAAUUGAAAGUCCUGGGAAGUUGUUGAUGCGGGAGGAGAUUUUUGAUCCUGCUUUAAAUUGUGCUCAAAACACAUUGAGUAUUGGGCUGCCACUUCAAGGAGAACAUUAAUACAUCCCGUAUCAAUAUCAGGUUAGAACGUGAAGACUUAACAGAAUUCUUUAUGGAUCUUCAGCACUCAUUGCCAAGGGCUACUGCCCCAGGUACUGUGUCCCCAGGCCGUCUGCUCGGCUGCUGUUUGUACAAGCCAGCCCCUCCGUAGUUGACAGCUGUCCCCGUUUCCGCAUUCUGUAGAAUAAUUUUGGGCUGCAGCACAAUUUGACUUCUAUCCUCACGUCUCCUCUCCUUCCACUGGAAACGCCAUUUAAAUGGAGGCCCUACAGUGAACGUUGCAAUAUUAAAUGUACUUUUAGUAUAGUCCUUUCUCAAACUGGGAGCCCUACCAGUGUCGCCUAAAAUAAAAGCAAGCUUGGGACUUGUCUGCUGCAGUUCAGCUGGGGAGAGAAGGACCUAGUGUUUUCCUUACAAGAAGGUUCCAGUUCCUAGGAGUGGAGGUAUCUCUUAUACUAACGUUUUUUCUGAGGUAACGCCUCUGGUUGUUGAUAACUUCGAUAAAGGUCACUUCAGAGCGUGGAGUUUUUAAGGAGUCCCAAAGUGAGACUUCACCGUUUUCGGGGCUAUCAAUUGCCUGUAUCCGUUUGUGUGCUGUUUCAGUGUUUUGGGAAAGUGAAAAAUGAAAACUUGUUACUUAGCAUAAUAAAUGUCUUAUUUUAAGUGUGUAUA